AACAGCUCCCUGCAUGCUUCUAUCAGGCACCCUGUGCAUGCACCCAGCUCCUUAUCUGGGUUGCCCCAGCACUUCACCAGAAACCAACUCCUGCACAAGCAAGAAGCCACACCCCACCCCAGCAAUAGCCUGUCAGAGCUUAAAUAGUUUAGUUCCAAAUUUUCUGACCAUUGAAUGUUCGUUCUCAGUGCAGGACAACAGGAAACUAACUGGAGCUGAUCGAAACUGGAUCUGUGGAUCUUCUGACAGAGCAAAACUGAAAAUGGGGAUCCUCAUGCACAGCUGCCCAUUUCUGUUGCGAGUCCCUCGUGUCUUUCUCCAGAAAGCAGGUUUAUCUCUCGGCAUCUAUGCUCAGCAUUGCCCUGUGGCCUCCCGCAGCCUGGCGACCACUGCUGUCAACUUGCAAUGGGUAAAGGAGAAGUACACAUCUGGUCCAGGUACUUUGAUCUCUACGUGGCUUUCCCCUCUUAAGGCAAUGGUUCAGCCCUCCAGCCAGGCUGCUGCACCCGCUACUGCCAGCUUUAAUGCCAACUGCCCUUUUGUGGAGUCUGAGAUCAAAAAGGGUUUUAGCAUGGUCAUUCGCAAAGCAAGCCUGGCAGUGCAAGAAGAUGUGGCAGGUGCGAGCUCUCAGCAAGAGUCUUCCAAGAGCUUGGAAAUUUUUGGCUUGCAGUCUGGUCGGGUUGAGAGGCUUCAAGAUUCUUUGCCUUCAGUUUGCAAUGACAAGUUGGCUGUUACCCAUCUCCUCCAGGACAACAUGACCAAGGAGCUGCCCAUCUUUGAUUACGAUGAAUUUUUUGCCCAGAAGAUUGAGGAAAAGAAGAAUGACCAUACUUAUCGUGUGUUUAAAACUGUGAACAGAAAGGCAGAGGAAUAUCCAUUAGCGGAGUACUACGAGCCACUGGCUGAUAAGAAGAAGGUGUCAGUGUGGUGCAGCAACGAUUACCUGGGGAUGGGCAGUCACCCCAGUGUCCUGAAAGCCAUCAUGAAGACGGUGCAGGAGUAUGGUGCAGGAGCUGGUGGGACUCGGAAUAUCUCCGGAACCAGCAAGUUCCACGUGGACCUAGAGUCGGAGCUGGCCAGCCUUCACCAAAAGGAUGCUGCACUUCUCUUCACAUCCUGUUACGUGGCUAAUGACUCGACUCUCUUCACUCUGGCCAAACUGCUUCCAGGCUGUGAGAUUUACUCGGAUGCUGGGAAUCAUGCAUCCAUGAUCCAGGGGAUCAGGAACAGCGGAAUCCCGAAGUUUGUUUUCCGGCACAAUGACGUCGAACAUCUGGAGCAGCUCCUGAAGGAGUCAGACCCAAAGGCUCCCAAAAUCGUCGCAUUUGAGACGGUGCAUUCAAUGGAUGGUGGCAUCUGUCCAUUGGAGGAGCUGUGUGAUGUCGCUCACAAAUAUGGAGCCAUCACCUUUGUAGAUGAGGUGCAUGCUGUGGGUUUGUAUGGAACUCAUGGAGCUGGGGUUGGAGAGCGAGAUGGCAUCAUGCACAAAAUAGACAUCGUAUCUGGAACACUGGGUAAAGCCUUUGGCUGUGUGGGCGGAUACAUUGCCAGCACAACCUCGCUCACAGAUACAAUACGAUCCUAUGCUGCAGGCUUCAUCUUCACCACAGCACUGCCUCCAAUGGUGCUGGCUGGAGCCUUGGAGUCCGUGCGUACCUUAAAGAGCGAGGAGGGUCAGGCGCUGCGCCGGUCUCACCAGCGCAACGUCAAGCACAUGCGGCAGCUGCUGAUGGAUGCAGGUCUGCCAGUCAUCAACUGUCCCAGCCACAUCAUCCCCAUACGGGUGUGUGAUGCUGCAAAGAACACGGAGAUCAGCAACAUCAUGAUGAGUCGAUAUGACAUCUACUUGCAGGCCAUUAACUACCCGACUGUCCCCAGAGGAGAGGAGCUCCUCCGACUUGCUCCCUCCCCACAUCAUGAACCUUGGAUGAUGGACUACUUUGUGGAUUGCCUGGUUGAUGCUUGGAAGGAGGUGGGGCUUCCCAUCCAGUCCCUGUCCUCGGCAGCCUGCAGCUUCUGUCACCGACCCCUGCAUUUUGAGCUGAUGAGCGAAUGGGAACGCUCCUACUUUGGCGGGAUGGAGGGACGAUAUGUCACCCUGUGCGCCUGAACCAAAAGCUCAUGGAAUUCGACUGAGGACACUAUUCUGAACACAAUUAAAUUACAAGCAGUGGAUAAAUAAUCAUCUGUGCACCUCAAUGAAGUACUAAUAAACCCUUCAAGUAUAA